GAACGACGACGAGCACCAAAGGGAAAGGGAAAAGCUAUUACUGAAGAGAAUCCUCCAUGCAAACGGAUGCGCCCGAGUGGUAUACAGAUUAGAGAAAGCGAGGCUGUACCACAUGAGCAUGAAGAUGCAGAGUCAUAUGAAGAGUCGGUUGUAUUACAUAGGAGAGUUGGUAGCACAUCAGACGCUCAAAACACUGAAAUGCCGUCUAUUAAUGUUAGAGAAGAUGAUGGGGUGUCGGAUACUUACGAAAUUGACGAAGUAGAUUACGACACUGACGAAUUACAUGAUUCAAAUACUUUUAUGAAUCAGGUAGCUGUUGUUGCUACCGAUGUACGUCAUUUUCUGGGACAAAUGGAUGUCAAAUGUCAGCACUGCGGGGCAUUGCACUGGAUGGCAGAAAAUACAAAUUCAUUUUAA